AUGCGGCAUGAUGCUAUCGUGGAAAAAAACGAAGAGAAACGAACUUGUUUAAAAACAAUCGAGUACUAUGACGACAAAGUAAAGAAAAUGGUACGAUGAAUUGUAGUAAUUUUUGAUCAUAUUAAAGUUUCAUGUAUAUCUAUAUGUAUUCUAAAUGCUCUUUUUCUUUUUUCUCUACGCAUAAUAUUUUUAUGGAAGUAUUUUUGUUCUAUUUUUCUUUGUUCUCUGAAGUUUCUGUGCUUUAAUCAAGUUACUUUCAUUAUUUCACAUUUUGUCUUGUUAUAUGUUACAUUAAAUAAAGAUGCCUUGAAUCUAAUAGAAUGUUCUUCAAAGCAGCAUUAGUCUGUAAGUGCUUACUUAAUUUUCUACCAUUAUCAACAGCGAAUGUCUACGACUA